CUGACUUCUUCUAAUGGUGAUACAAGUAAAACUAGUGUUUUUAGUGAAUCAGUUAAAAACAAAGAAGUGAAAAUUUCUCAACCAAAGAGCAAUAUUCUUAAUAAUAAGACAGUUCAUACAGUUAAGAAAACAGGUGGUUCAUAUCAAGAUGUACAAUUGGAAAAUAGGAAAGUUCCAAGCAUCAGUCAAGAGGUAUAGCACCAGCUUAAAACCAUCAAAGAAAUUAGAAAAAGGAAACGUCAAGUCUAGUGCAAUAAAAGCUUUUCUUGCUCGUAAAGAAGUAGAAGAAAAAGUAAAAGAAAAAGAAGCUUAUUAUAAGAAAGAAGAGUUACUUUCUAUUCGAUCACAAAAUUCUAAAAACAGUAAAAAAGCAAAAUUAAUGGCAUCAAGGACUAAAGAUAAUGAUUUUAGUAAAAUUAGAUUAACAACUGAAGAAGAGGAUGCUAAAAAGAAAAUAGAUCAUGAAAUUCAAAAGAGAAUGAUUUCUGAUAAGAUAGAAAGGAUGAAAGCUAGAAUUGAAUUAGAAGAAAAAGAAAAAUUAUUACCUCGUAAACGGAAAAGAAAGUCUAAAGCAAAUGAAAAUAACAAUGAUUCAGUUCAGGUAAACGAGCAAAUUGAAGAUUUUUCGGACUAUGAAAGGUUGAAAGUAGAAGAGAAGAAAAUGCAACGUUCAUCGGGUCAACCGAUGAAUUUUCAUGAUUUAUUAAAACUUGCCUCCCAAAAACAGCACGAGCCUAUAGAACUGCCUAAAGUUGUUAAAAAAGAAGAAAGACCAAUGACAGAAAAAGAAAAAAGAAGGUAUGAAGAGGAACAAUUGAGGAAAAGAGGUAUUAGUGUUUAUACGUUACCUGAUAUCAAUCGACAAAAAUCAAAACAGAAAAAACUGACUUCUUCUAAUGGUGAUACAAGUAAAACUAGUGUUUUUAGUGAAUCAGUUAAAAACAAAGAAGUGAAAAUUUCUCAACCAAAGAGCAAUAUUCUUAAUAAUAAGACAGUUCAUACAGUUAAGAAAACAGGUGGUUCAUAUCAAGAUGUACAAUUGGAAAAUAGGAAAGUUCCAAAUUACGAAGAUGACGAUUUAGACGACUUCAUUGACGACACUCCAAUAGAUGAAAACAUAGACGUCUCUCGUCAAAUCCAAGAAAUAUUUCGCUACAAUAAAAACAAAUACAGAGAUGAUGAUUAUGACGACGAUGACGACAUUAUGGAAUCUAGUUUUGUUCAGCAAAUGAAAGAGGAAUGCAGGAGGGCAUUUCUGAGAGUAGGCAGGAUGGGCAUCCUUGCAACUCACACAGCAUGGGGUGCUUUUACAUUCAGCACUGUCGUGACCUUCAGUUCCACACUGUGCAUCAACGCAGCAGAUUUGGAAUAUAUGGACGAACUGAACAGCACAAAUAUCCAUCCUGCUGUAGCAAAAGAUGGCAAUGUCGGCUUUCCAAAAGUGAGAAUAAGGUGUUUAGUUGGUAUCAACUUGCUGUCUCGAUGGAUCGAAAUUCAGCGAACAGCAGUGACGCCUUGGUCUGAAAGACUGAUCUGA